CCCCAGUCCGAAAGACCUUGGAGUUGUUCAAGUCCGGGGGUCUGCUAACUUGGAUCCUUCAAAACAUGUCGGGCGACCGCCAAUUCGGUCUCUGGCAAGUAUUUCUUUUUGAUGAAUUCGCGUGAAUAAGAGUACUUACCUUGCAAUGGAAGCGACGCAAUUAAUAGCGGCCCAAACCGUGCUCCAACAUGGCACCCCCAACGACUGCUGGAUAGUCAUCGACGAUGAAGUCUGGGAUGUAACCAAGUUUGCGCCCCAGCACCCAGGUGGCGCAUCAAUCAUCCUCAAGUAUGCCGGUCGUGAUGCGACAGAAGCAUACUCCGAGAUUCACGCUCGAUCUAUUGUACGCGAGCACCUAAGCCCGGAUUGUUUCAAGGGAAAUCUAGACAGAUCAACAAUCACUGAGGCAUGGACUCGAGCACAAGACAAGCCAGACUCAUCGAAAGCGAAGGCACCAGGAGAGACCGAGGAGAAAACCCCCCUUCACAACAUGAUCAACCUCUAUGACUUUGAGGAGUCUGUUGCCAGGACGGGUUCGAAGAAGGCAUACGCAUUCUACUCGACGGCCGCGACAGACUGCUGGACACGCGACGCAAAUGAGCAGAUGAUCAAACGGAUCUGGUUUCGACCGCGGGUGAUGAAGAAUGUGGCGCAGGUAGACACGUCGACGAGUGUCAUGGGGAUUCCCAUGAAGAUGCCGCUGUUCAUAUGUCCCACCGGCCUAGCCAAGCUAAUUCAUCCGGAUGGCGAGAAAGGGUUGGCGCGCGCCGCAAAAUCAACUGGAAUCCUCGAAAUUGUCUCGUCUGCGUCGAGUCAUCCGCUCCAAGAUGUCGUCGCCGAAGCCCCGGGCUACCCCUUUUUCUUCCAGCUGUACCUGAACAAGGACAAGUCGAAAUCUGCUGCAGCACUCCGCCACGCCCAAGAGCUGGGCAUUCGCGCUGUGUUUCUCACGGUUGACGCUGCCGGACGCGGGAAGCGCGAGUCUGACGAGCGUCUCAAGGUUGACGAGGUCAUCGUCAACCCUGUCACCGGCGAAAGAGCCCCGGUGGACCAAAAGAAGCGUGGUGGGCUGACGCAGAUGAUGGGGAGCUACAUUGACCAAGGAAUGACAUGGAAGGACAUUGCUUGGAUCAGGAGUGUCACCAAUCUUCCCAUUGUCCUCAAGGGCAUCACAACGGCGGUCGAUGCCCGGCUGGCUGUAGAGCACGGCGUCGAGGGCAUAAUGCUGAGCAAUCACGGAGGGCGAAAUCUGGACUUUGCGCCGCCUAGUAUCCUGCUCCUCCUGGAGAUGCACAGGAACUGCCCAGAGGUGUUUGACAAGGUGGAGGUGUACGUUGACGGCGGGUAUAGAAGGGGAGGCGACAUCAUCAAGGCGCUGUGCCUGGGCGCCAAGGCGGUCGGCCUAGGGAGAUCAUUCCUAUACUCGAUGCAUUAUGGCACCGAGGGAGCGGAGCAUCUCGUCGAAUUACUCAAGGAGGAGAUGGAGAGCGUGAUGAAACUUCUUGGCAUCAAGGAUCUGAGUGAAGUACAUCCUGGCCUUGUUAACACGUCUGAUGUCGACCACUUGGUUGUUGCUGGGGAUGAGCACCCGUACGCCAAGUGGAGGCCCAAGGCGAGGAUGUAAGUGGAGGGAAGAUUCAUCAGGAUCAAUGAUAGUAUGUGAAAUAAGCAUAGGGAGUGCGCUUGCGUAAAUAGGAAACAAAGAAGCAUAGAUAGCGCCUCGAGUCAGUCAGUUACCCGAUUUGAUCGCGAUGGAAAGGGUUGCUGUUGUUCAAUUGGGUGAGAUGAUGCCGUUGCAGAGCAUGGAUACUGACCCCCCCUCGACGCGACGAUCACAUGAAGACAGCUCAUACGCGAAUGAAUGUCGCUUCGGAACUCGCGGGAUACUGUGUCUGAGGAACAAUGGGAAAGUCAGGAUCACGUAAUGGCAGACAUGCGUCUUUGCGCGUCGAAGUAUUGAAAGGCAUUGAAC